AUGGCUGCUGACUUUUGGGCUUCUACUCAUGGACGUCACUGGUUACUUGACAAGAAAACACUGCAAGAAAGUCGUAAAAUUGAUUUACAAUUCAUUAGCGAGAUUGAACUAGCAAAACUGCGUAUUUGGUAUGCGAAUUUAAUCCAUAAUCUGGGAAAGAAACUCAAUGUAAAACAGUUUCAAUUAGACUUGGAUUUGACUAAAGAUCUUGUGCUUGGUUUCUUUUUUAAUAGAAAUACGUACAGACAGACCGAUCCCAAUCUUGUGGCAGCUACUUGUAUGUAUCUUGCUUGUAAGAUGGAGGAAUCGCCACAUCAUAUUAAGAAUGUUAUAUCCGAGAUGAGAAAUACUGCCGUGAAUUCCGCACCGACGUUAGCUCCUGAUCAAGCAACAUUCCCAUACGACAAUCAAAAAGUAGCUGAAAUGGAAUUUUAUCUUCUCGAGGAAUUAGAUUUCAAUCUGAUAGUCUUUCAUCCAUAUCGAACUCUAAUUACUCUUGCGCAGGAACUUGGACAAAGACAGGAAACAAUUCGUGAAGCAUGGACUAUUGUUAAUGAUACGUACAAGACAGAUUUAUGUCUAACACAUCCACCGCAUAUGAUUGCGAUUGCUGCACUUUAUAUCCCCAUUGCUAUAAGAUUGGGUGAAUGUGGUCUUAGUGGCGAGCUAAAAAAGUGGUUUUAUAAUUUGAAUGUCGACAUGGAGGAGGUUGCUGUAAUUGUACAAGAAAUCAUAUCACUAUACGAACUUUGGAAUACAUACAAUGACGAUCAAAUACCAAAGAUCUUUGAAAAAUUAAGAACAUCUGCCACCGCUGCUUCUUCCACUGACGUGGAAAACAUCGAGGAAGUUGUUCAAGAAAUAGGGAAAUCAGAGGAACUCGAUGAUAAUAAUAACCAAGAUAUCUCUUUUAGAAACACUUUUGCUAUUGAUGAAGAAAUUGAUCAAGAACUCUUGUGUGAUGAUAAAGACUAUGAGUUUGCCCUGAAUUUGAGAAGAAAGAACAAUAUUGCAAUCAAACAGGAACCACAGUCAGGCCUCACGCCAUAUAAAAUUGGGAUGUGGCCCAACAACUAA